AUGGAUUUUUAUGUGGACGGAUUUCAACACCACGGCCUAGGGGCGCCUUUAAACUACUACCGCACCCGCGAGAUCAAUCACUAUGACGAAAUGACUAGCCUCAAUGGCUCUACAAUCCAUGUUCCCGUGCUUUUCAUCCUGGCCCCACAAGACCAAGCGCUACCGCCCCGGCUAAGCAAAGGAAUGGAGCGCUUCAUACCGCAACUGACAUUGACUGACAUUGAAGGAGGUUAA